CAGCAAGCUCCGCGCCCUGAGACCACGAAGGGCGGGGCGGCAACAUGGCGGCUCAGGGAGCUGGUGACCCUCUAGAUGCUAAGAGUGGAAAGGCUCCACUGGCCCAGCGCAUCGACCCUACUCGGGAGAAGCUGACUCCCGCACAGCUGCAAUUCAUGCGGCAGGUGCAGCUCGCCCAGUGGCAGAAGACGCUGCCGCAACGGCGGACCCGAAACAUCGUGACCGGCCUGGGAAUCGGGGCGCUGGUGUUAGCUAUUUAUGGUUACACUCUUUACUCAGUGUCCCAGGAGCGUUUCUUAGAUGAGCUGGAGGAUGAGGCCAAAGCUGCUCGAGCUCGAGCUGUGGCAAGGGCAUCAGGACCCUGAACCAGAUGGGCAUCGCACAUCCCCAACCUGCUGGAGCCCCUUCUCCUGAUGGAUGAUGCCCCAUGAACAUGUAGAAAUUGAAGCCUGCUCACAGCGUUGCUGGCCACCUUACUACCUUGGAUGAUGAUUGAGCCCAAGAAGCCAGAAAUUUAUACAUUUGGCCAUUGUCAAGGAAACAUUGCCCACCUCUCACUGUGUGCGGUAGCGGAGCCUUUUUUGUAUGUAGUUUGUUUCAUUGUUUGCAAGGUAUCCGACCUUGGGUUUCUCAAGCUUUCUGACUUUGUGGUUUAUCCCCUUCACCUCCCAGGAGCUGGGAGGAAGGAGGGCAAGAGGUGGGCUAUAUGGGAAUGGGUAUGGCAGCUCUGUGCAGUGUUGGAGCCUACAGGAAAGAUGGGGUUAGGUUGAGAAUAAUAAACUGAGUCAUCUGUCUUGGAGUCAGA